AUGCCAGCCCAGAAGCGUUCCUAUGAGACCCUCGGAAAGGAAGAUGAUGGUCUUCUUCAGCAGCAGCAUGACCACACUAACAACAACAACAACCAUGAACGAAAGCAACAGCCUCUAGGCGAUAUUGAUCAUGAUGACGAUGAUGGUGUUGAUGAGCGUACGUGUGCAGGGAUUCUUACGAUAAUAACAAGCACUAGUUCUCCCUUUGUGCAUUUUAUUGUGGAUUCGAUUACCGUUUCUUGGCUAAGUUUGUUCCUUUUCACUUCAACAGAAUCCGAUCGAAGCCAGUCUUCUUCAAGUAUUAACGAAGACGUGAAAGAAGAAUAUGUUGUCGUGAAGUUGUCUGAGAUACGCAAGGAAGUACAAUGUCCAAUCUGUCUAGGGAUUAUUCGUAAGACAAGAACAGUGAUGGAAUGUCUGCAUCGUUUCUGCAGGGAAUGCAUUGACAAAUCUAUGCGGCUCGGGAACAAUGAGUGCCCCGCUUGCCGCACACAUUGUGCCAGUCGUAGGUCUUUGAGAGAUGACCCAAAUUAUGAUGCAUUAAUUGCAGCUUUGUAUCCAGAUAUUGACAAAUAUGAGGAAGAGGAAUUGGCUUUCCAAGAAGAUGAGAAGGCUCGCAAUAAGCAGAUCCAGGCUACCAUUGCCCAGACUUUUCGUCGACAGGCUGAAGCUCUGAGUAGAAAACGGCCGACAGCUAAAGCAACAGCAGCAGCAUUUGCAAGGAGAACACCAAAUCGUUUUCGAGAUGCCCACUCAAGGGGAAGAAGAAAUUAUCGAAUGACCGAACUUCAAGGAUCUGAUGACAAUGAAGAUGGAAAUGGCGAUGGAGGUAAAGAUUCAUCAUCUACCGAUGAACACAGUGCAGAAGUCAAACCAAAAAGAUACAAGAGAUGGGCAGGUGCUCGUUCAGCUGCUGUUAAUGCAGAUGGAGGUGGUGAUGAAAAUGAUUCAGAAGCGAAUAAAGAAUCUGUGGGGGCAUCUGCUGUGCUCGCUGGCUCCUCAGAAAGGCUCGCCUGGGGCAAAAACCGUAUCCGGAGUCACACCUGGUAUGGCAGUGCAAACGGCAGCAAUGUAAAAAAUGCUCGAAACAGCCGCAUCUCUAAGUUAGCAGAUUAUCUACAGAACUUGGAGGAAAAUUAUAAUGAGUUGGAUAUCAACCUCAUGCUUGUUUCUUUUGAUGAACAAAGAGUACCCAAUUUGCAGCGCCCAUACCUUUGCUGCAGGCCAACUUUGUCUAUUAAGAACCUGUGCCAGUACGUUGCUUUCCAAACCUCUUUGCAAGCCAAUGAAGUGGAAAUAUACUUGGUCCAAGAAAUGAAUUCUAAGCUCGGCUUUUCAAUCUCCACAAGCACUCCAAUUUCUAAACCUAGUUUAAUCGAUCCACGCAAAGCUUCUGGCAUAUCAGAAAAAGCUGUGAAAGUCCGAAUGGUAGAGACAUUACCUGUCAAAAUCCUCAUGGAUACCAAGCUUUCAACAUCUUGCUUUUACACAGUAAUUGUAUAG